UACGAAGUGAACUUUUGUCCGCAAAAUUGCACAGAAACCAGCCCAUAAAGAGCAAGAUAAGCCGUCGAAAGUUGGACAUUGUUGCUGACAGUCAUGGAUGGAGAUACGCAAGAGGUCCCUCGACUAGAAUUGGAAGCCGUUAUUGGGUUUAAUGGACAUGUGUUUUCUGGCCUGAGCGUACACCCGGAUAAAGAACACCUCAUUUAUCCACUGGGCUGCACCGUCAUUCUGAAGAGUCUCAAAAAUGGUAAACAGGAGUUUCUGCAAGGACACACCAACAACGUCUCUUGUGUCACUGUGUCCAAAAGUGGACGGUAUAUCUCUUCUGGUCAGGUCACUUUCAUGGGUUUCAAGGCUGAAGUUAUCAUCUGGGAUUACUCCAAGAGGGAAAUGUAUGCCAGGCUACAGCUCCAUAAAGCCAAAGUGGAGGGCCUGGCCUUCUCUCCUAAUGACAAGUAUCUUGUGUCGCUAGGGGGCCAGGAUGAUGGCAGCAUCGUUGUGUGGAAUAUUGAGACCAGAGAGGCGAUCUGCGGAAGUCCGGCUUCAGCGCACAGUGCUGGUCACUGCCUUGCAAUACAGUUCUCCAACCAGAGUGACAACAUAUUUGUAUCUGCUGGGAACGGCACACUGCGGGUUUGGGAGCUUGAUCUUCCAAACAGAAAGAUUCGCCCCACGGAGUGCCAGACAGGGCAGCUGAAGAGGAUAGUGAAGUGCAUUGAGAUUCCCGAAGAUGACAGCUUUUUCUACUGCGGCACUACCAGCGGAGAUAUUCUUAAAGUGAAUCUUAAGACGAAGCUUCUCAACAGCUGUGGGCCACAGAAGCAGAAAUUCAGCAAGGGAGUGAACACUAUCAAGGUGCUGAAAACAGGAGACAUGGUGGUAGGGUCCGGAGAUGGAAUGUUCACUCUGUGCUCAGGCCCCAACUUCAAAGCCAUCAAAAAAGUCCAGCUGGAGGGAGGCGUGACGUCCAUCGCUCUGCGGGGUGAGGGCCACCAGCUGUUUGCCGGGACGGAGGCCGCGCAGAUCUAUCGCUUCAGCUACACGGACUUCAAAGAAGAACUCAUCGCCACCAGCCACGACAGCCCCGUGAACGAUGUUGCCUUCCCUUUUGGAACCUCUGAGCUCUUUGCCACGUGCUCUCUGGGUGGCAUCAGAGUGUGGCACACGGACAUGUCCAAGGAGCUGCUGCGGAUCUCAGUGCCCAACAUGACGUGCAAUGCUGUGGAAUUCAUGAUGGAUGGCAGGAGCAUCAUCAGCGCUUGGAAUGAUGGGAAGAUCCGGGUGUUCACUCCCGAGAGUGGCAGACUCAGUUCAGUCAUCCACAACGCCCACAGCAUGGGUGUGACUGCCAUUGCAGGCACCAGGGACUGCCGGAGGAUCCUCAGCGGGGGAGGGGAGGGGCAGGUGCGGGUGUGGGAGAUUCUGCAGGGCUCUCACAGGCUCAUCGAGACCAUGAAGGAGCACAAGGCCACCGUCACCUGUAUUAAAAUCAAGAGCAACGACAAGGAGUGCGUCACCGCCAGUUCGGACGGGGCCUGCAUCAUCUGGGACUUGGUCCGCUUUGUCAGGAAUCAAAUGGUCCUGGCCAACACUCUGUUCAAAAGCGUCUGCUACCACCCGGAAGAGUACCAGAUAAUCACGAGUGGCACAGACAGAAAGAUCGGAUAUUGGGAGGUGUAUGACGGAUCAGCCAUUCGAGAAUUGGAGGGAUCCCUCUCGGGAUCCAUUAAUGGCAUGCACAUUUCAACGGAUGGAAACCACUUUGUCACAGGUGGGGAUGAGAAGCUGGUGAAGGUGUGGGCAUACACUGAGGGCGAGGUGACUCAUGUCGGCAUCGGGCACAGCGGCAACGUCACCAGCGUGAGGAUCUGCCCGAGCAACAAGUACAUUAUCAGCACCAGCGCGGACGGAGCUGUGCUCAGGUGGAGAUACCCGCACCCCUCCUGAAACGUAGCGCAAUGCUGUGUGUUCAGCAUAUGCUGACCCACGCAGCCCAGCAUCACAGCCUUCAGCUAUCUUCAGGAGAUGGUCACAUGACAACCACAUGAACACUCUCCCUCGCUGGUGCAGACGUACCCACUUUCUGUUUAUUUGAGGAAACUAUCCACGCUUUGAAGAGAAUGGAAUUUUCAUCAUGGAGAAAGAAAAACUGAAUAGAACAUAUGCUAAUGUUCCUUUUCCAUUUAUGAAGGAGUUCCAGAUGUCGUUGGCUAACUAAUCAUUAAGUGGCAUUCCAUUCUGAUGAUUGGGUGUACUUGUAUCAUUGGCAC